AUGACAAUGCACAAGAUCGCUGUUGUCCAAAUGCACCCCAGGCCUGGGGAGCUAGAACAAAACCAUCUUCGCGCAGUAUCCUUCAUUCGAGAAGCUGCCACAGCCGGAGCAAACCUUGUCGUUCUUCCGGAAUACCACCUGGGGGACUUCUAUCCCGAAAAUGAGAACUUCAGGAAGCAAUGCGUCCAUUAUGAGAAAUAUUUGGAUGCGUAUUGCGCUUUGGCCAAAGAGUGUCAUAUUUGUGUUGUACCCGGGUCCUUUGCAGAGUUACAUUGCAACGAGGAAACUCAAGAAGAGAGGCUCGUCAACUGUACCUAUUUCAUCGACCAUGAUGGUGCCAUUCUUGGCAGAUAUGAAAAGAAGAAUCUGUGGCAUCCUGAAAGGCCAAUUGUCACCGGUUCAAUGCACGACGCUCACCCUUGUUUUGAUACCCCACUAGGUAAGGUGGGGAUGCUGAUUUGCUGGGAUCUGGCCUUUCCAGAAGCGUUCAAGGAGCUGAUCGCUCAGGGUGCUAAGCUGAUCAUCAUUCCUGCAUUUUGGAGGUUGACGGACGCAUACGAUGUUGGAGUAAAGAGAAACCCUCUUUCUGAACGGGUGUUUAUCGACGCCACGGUCGCCCAGCUGAAGAAGGGUAUAUGGGUCACUCCCAAAUAG